AUGAAUCCAUCCACUUGCAAUGUACUUGUAUACGGAGGUGGUGCCGUUGGAGCAAUAUUUGGAUGGAGGAUCGCACAGCAAAGCCAUGCUCGAGUGUCGGUGGUCUGUCGCAGCAAUUGGAAUAGUGUCUCCAGCAACGGCUAUUACCUACGCACAUCGACAUGGGGAAAUGGACGAUUCAUGCCGCGUCAAGUCAUCCAAGCAGGCGCCAUAGCCAAGCUUACAAACAAGCAUCGAUUCGAUUACAUCGUCUGUGCCAACAAAGUCACCGAUGGUUAUGCUUCAGCCCUCCAGGACUUGCGAUUGCUUGUGCGGCCAGACACAACUCUGGUCGCUGCGCAAAAUGGUAUGGACGUCGAAGUUCCCUUGAGGAGAGCCUUCCCAGACAAUACCGUCCUCAGCGCCAUUUGCAACGUGGGUUGUGCGCAAAUCCGUCCUGGAUAUAUCGAACAGACUGCAGCUAUCAAGCGCCCUGCUUUCCUGAUUGGCGUGCACAGCCCGAGUAGCAGAGGCCACAGAGUCGAUACUUCCCGACGAGAUGCAUUGGCCGCGAUGGAUCCCGAGUUUACAACCACACAAUGUAUUACUGGCGAAAGGUGGCGAAAAUUGAUCUUCAAUUCAGCCUGGAAUGGCACAUGCGCGCUCACCGGUCUCGACACGCGCCAACUUCUGGAAUACCCCGGUGCUGCAGAAGUGGUCAUACAGCUUGCCGAUGAGGCCUACAGAGUCGGAGUGGCAAGCGGUGUCGACCUCGACCCCAGGCUACCAAUGAAGACGAUUGAGCUCGCGCAAGAUAGCGCGCCGAUCACACCCUCAACGCUCCAGGAUGCUCGAGCCAGGCGUCCGAUGGAAUUAUCGCCAAUAUUUGGAAUCUCGGCAGAAGUGAGGUGA